AUGGAGAAAAAGGAGCAGAUCUUCAGUUCUUUACUCAAAGAAGACACAAAGCAUUAAGGACUAUCAAAGAAGGGUCUAAUUUUAGGCUCGAUUGCUCUAGUGGUCGCUGCUUAUGCAGUCGUGCAAUCUGUUACACCAAGCUAACCAGCAUAAAACGAAAGUUUUUUGAGUUCUCAAAAUCUUUUCAUUAAUGAGAAAGUUAACAUCGUUUCAUGGAAACUAGUCAAUCCAUUAGACAAAUAAGGAGAGUUAGUAUAGAAUAUAUUUGCUGCUCCAAACGGAGAUCUUUAUGCUAAUACUCGUCUUUCUGAAACUAAAUAUCCUUACACCUUCUAACUAUAUAAGUACGAUCAAGAUACAAAUUCAUGGGAUACAUCAUAAUCACUAGCUACAAAUGUAACCAAGGUUGCAUUCACAUCAAAUGGUCAGGCUUAUUAUCUUACCAACAAUAAAGUUCUCUAUAAAGCUAGUAAUUCAUCUCAAUAAAUCAUUAAUGUUGAAUUCUUUGCCAUAUCAGAGCAAGAUGUAAUCUACAUUAGACCUGAGUAUAAUUUCAAUUUUCCAAGCUAAAACUAUGGAAAAAUCCUUAAAUACGAUUUAGGAAAUGUUUAUUUAGUUAAAGUUGAUAACUUCUUUACUAAACAAAUGGUAAUUCUGAAUGGUGAGCCAUUCUUAAUAGAUAAUCGCUACAAUCUUAGCAGCAAUUAUGAUAGCGUGAAAGCCGAUUAUCUCAGCGUUGCCUAUGAUGGUACUCUCUGGGGAAUUAUUGAAGCAUAACUAGGGUAAAAUUACUUUUCCCAAAAGCUAGCUUACUUCAAUAAGUAAGACAAGAAAUGGUAUUCUGUUAGUAGAAUCUCAGCACACUCAGUUGCUGCCCUAAAUAGAUUCUAAGUUGCUUAUAUCGAAUUUAGUUAGGAAAAAAAUAUUUACAUAUCAGAACAAGCCACUGUUCAACCAGAAUACGCCUAUGUUGAAAACUAAGAAACUAGUUACUCAGUGAAUGUCAACGAUUGGAAUGUUGAUAAUGAUGAGCCAACUGGAAAUGAUGGAAGUAACAACAAUACAGGAGGUAGUGUAGAUUCUGGUCCUUAAGUGAAAUCGUCAAAAGUAGUACUUAAUGACACCACUCUUCUUGAUUCAGCAGGUAGAAAAUACGUUCUCUUAACCAGCGAGACAGAGUACAGAUACUAUUAAUCAUCUAAACUUUGCUUUAAGGCAACAAGAGAUGGAUUUUCCUCAAAUAAAUUCCAUGAAAACUGCGAUAAGAGAUCAUCUUACUCGAUCACUUUAGUUAAGAGCACUGAUGGAAAAGUCUUUGGAGGUUACUCUACCAAGCCAUGGAGAGCUGAUGGACAUUAUAGUUCAUCUUACGAUAGUUUAGUAUUCUCAGUAGAUAAAGCAGAAUCCUUUGAAAUCAAGAGUUAAGCCGAUCAUUAUGCAGUCUAUGAUCACAUUGAGUUCGGACCAUCAUUUGGAACUAGAGAUCUUGUUAUUGACUUCAAUCUUAAUAAGUAAACCACUCUCCUUGGUAAUUCAUUUGAGGGAAGCUACGACGGAGAUACCUGGGAAGAAAGAGCUGGAUUCCUAGCUGGAAAUACUACUUAUGAAAUAAAUGAUGUAGAGGUUCAUCUCCUUUCAUAUAGUGAGAACGAUUUAUUCCCUUAAGAAGAAUUUUAUUGA